AUGUAUCAUUACCUUACUGUCACAUAUGUGGAAUGUGAAACGGCACUGUGGCAGACAUGUGACAUGGGAAAACCACACUUUUUUGCCUGUGGACAUCUAGUAUCUGUUGAUUUUGGCCCAAUUUUCGCGCACCACAUCUCUGAGAGUCACAAAUACCAGAAAGAGUAUGGGUACACAAACUCAGUAGGUACAGGAUGUGUUGAUGGUCACCUUGCUAUCCUUGUCAUCUUACCCACAUCCCUUGUUGUCAUCAAAGCCUUCAUGUGGUUCAUUUAUAACAGACAGAACAAACCUCGCCUUCCUCCUGGCCCAGUGCCGCUCCCACAUCAGUGA